UAUUGUGAAAAUCAUGGACUUCCAAGUGUAAAUGAUUUUAUUCAUUUAUGCUUUAUUCUGGUAUGGUAUUGCCCUCCUUCCUUACCUUAAAAUAUCCACCUGCUUCCACGUGUGUUGCUGGGACUUGUAUGUGGUUUUCUAAGGCUGAGCAGGGAGAUCAGCCUUGAGAACUUGAGGUUUUCCACUCUCAAAGCGAAUUAACCUUAUAUUGACUUAGUGGUGUAACUGCUUGAUAGUAAAAAAUUGACAUUCUUAACAUUAUUACAGAUGUUGUCAAACAUUUUCAUUUGAAAGACAUAAAGCAGCUGAAUUGCUUAUAUAUUCAAUAUGGUUGAAGAUAAUGAUACAUUUGCAUCCGAGUUUAUUCUCCUGGGCUUCACAACCCAGGAAGAUCUGCAGGCGAUGUGUUUUGUUGUGUUCCUUGCCAUCUAUGUGGUCACUCUAGCAGGAAAUCUGGGAGUAAUUAUAUUAAUCAGGAUAGAUCCGCACCUGCACACCCCCAUGUACUUCUUCCUAAGCCACUUGUCCCUCCUGGACAUCUCUUACUCCUCCACCAUCAUCCCCCAAACCUUGAUGACCUUUUUGGUGGAGCAGAAGGUGAUUUCCUUCGUUGGGUGUGCCGCCCAGCUCUUCUCCUUCGCCGCCUGUGCCACCGCUGAGUGCUACGUGCUGGCCGCCAUGGCUUACGAUCGCUAUGUGGCCAUUUGCAACCCCCUGCUCUACUCCGUGCUCAUGUCCCAGAGGUUUUGCGUUGGGAUGUUGGCUGGGGCCUACUUAGCCGGUGUGAUCAGCUCUACCAUACACACCGUUUCCAUAUUUUGUCUCCCGUUCUGCGGGUCCAGGAGGAUCAAUCAUUUCUUCUGUGACGGCCCACCGCUGCUCGCCCUCUCCUGCUCUGACACCCGUAUCAACGAGGCAAUGGUUUCUGCUGUGGUGGGGUUCAACAUCCUAAGCACCACAGUCUUCAUCCUAAUCUCCUACUUGUUGGUCCUCUCCACCACCUUGCGGCUCCGUUUUGUGACCGGUAGGCACAAAGCCUUCUCCACCUGUGCCUCUCACUUGGUCUCCAUCACCUUGUACUACGGCAGCUCCCUCUUCAUGUACCUGCGGCCCAGCUCCAGACACUCCUUGGAGCACGACAAGGUGGUCUCGGUGCUGUACUCCAUCACCGUCCCCAUGCUGAACCCUUUCAUCUACAGCCUACGGAACACGGACAUGAAGAACUCCAUGAGGAAAGCAAAAGGCAGAGUCCUCUCCUCCUUGUCCAUCCACGGUUCCUGGUCAGCUGAAAGGAGACAGCAACCCUGCCAUGGUGAGAAGGGUUAG